AUUUGGUUGCUCUCGAGCAGUCGACGCUGGGUUCGUUACGGACCAUGCAGCAUAAAGAUCAGUAUGGAAAUAUUAUCACUGAUCCCGAUCUCUCCAACCCCACGCGCCCGAGGUUUGAACGUCCGCUUGAAACCAUCCGAUCUUUUGAGGCGGCAAUCUAUGGGACAUACAGCAGUAGGCCUGCUUCGUAUGUAAGGACAGAAUCGACUCCUGCAACUCCGGGGCCAGACCACAGUCGGCGGGGAAGCUACUUUGGAGCUCAAAACGGUCAUUCGCACCGGGGUCACUAUGAUCAGGGCGGCCAUUACAAUGGUCGCGGGGCCUAUUCGCGACCGGACAGCUAUGUCGAGAAUGGUAACGGCCAGUCCGACAACUAUUACCCCUACAAUCAGGGCGGCGGCCGACCGCGACCACGCCACCAUGCACGGAUGAACACCGACCAAAGUGGAUAUUCACAACACGGCUAUCACAAAUCAUAUGACAACAUGACCGCAGCGUCUGGCUCGGGCUCUGGCAGCAACACCGACGCUUACGGCAACUCCACCGACCCCAGCUCUGUGAACAGCUCUAUCGAUCAGUUCCAACAGCAGCAACAGCAGCAGCAGCAGAUGGCCGAAAACUAUGGGUUCCAAGGAUUUGGCGCCGGGCCGAAUCUGAACGGACAAGCUGGCGCUGGUGGACGGAUCAACUUUGGUAGCAAACCGCCAGCGGCUGACCCCAACGCUGGUGGCCCUGUUGGCGGCGGUGCCGCCGUCGCUGCCACAGCCAACCGGCGUCACCUGCGCAAGGCUACGAAUGACUCUGAAAUGAGCAACGACUCGAAGAAAAAGGGCUGGUUCAAGCGUCGUUUCAGCAAGAACUAGUCGUCUGUGAGCCGGCUCCUCACAUCUUCUUACCUUACUCUUACUAUUCGAUGCGUGUUUUCUGAUCCGAUUUGUCUGGGUGUACUACCUCCGCGGCGUUCAAGAGUCAUGUUCAAGCACAGCAACUGGGAUUUCGGGACGGACUGUGUCGGGUUUGGAUUCGAUUGCACUUUAUUUUACUCUUUCAUCUUUGCAUGCGGUUGACGAGACCAUGAUACAUGGAUGCUUUUUUUUUUUUCUUGCUCCUCCUUACCUUUUCCUUUCUCUGCCAUGACAGUGCAUGAGAUACUAGCCAGUAUGAUGUUGAUUGAUACGGGUGAAGUUGUGAGUAAUGGUAGGGUAGUGUGACUGAAAAAGGGUUAUGAAUACCUUCAUACUUGCUGUCAAAUACAGAAUAGAUACUCAGUAAUGACCAGUAUAUAUCAAUCGUACUUGUCAGUCAGAAUACUGGAAGUAUUCUGAAAUAACUAUGUCCAUUGAAAGAAAAGAA